GAAAAUAACCCAGCGGCGCUGAGCCAGCAAGAGGCUGCUGCUGUAACCUGGAAGGAAAUUACUGUCAUCGCAAAUAAACUUCCUGGGUUGUUCUGCAGCCGGGGCAGUGCGGAAGAGAAGCGGCAGCAGGAGAGAUGGGUUUGGCCAGCAGCGCAACUAGUAGGUUGUAGCUGAUGCCCAGGCUUCCUUGUAAUGAUGCCAUCACGUACAAAUCUGACUGCUGGGAUUCCCAGUAGCAAAGUUAAAUAUUCCAAGCUCUCUAGCACUGAUGAUGGAUAUAUUGACCUGCAGUUCAAGAAGAGCCCACCAAAAAUCCCCUACAAGGCAAUUGCACUGGCUAUUGUGCUCUUCAUGAUCGGGACCUUCCUCAUUAUCAUAGGAGCCCUCCUCUUGGCAGGAUACAUUAGCAAAGGCGGGACGGACCGUGCUAUCCCUGUGCUCAUCAUUGGGAUCCUUGUGUUUCUCCCAGGCUUCUACCACCUGCGCAUUGCAUACUACGCUUCCAAAGGCUACCGGGGCUAUUCCUACGACGAUAUCCCAGAUUUCGAUGAUUGAACCAUGUAUUUAAUAGCAUUAUAAUUAGGUUGGCGGUAAGAGCUGUUAGUUACCCUGGAUAUCAAAGAGGGCCUGUGAGAUGAAGCGUAUCAGUCAUGAGAUGUCAGUUCCUGGUUUUGAGGUGUUGCAGGUUUUUCGGGUGGC